AAAUUUUUUUCUUUUUUUUUCCUCUAAAUUUGUCACUUUCCAGACUCUGUUGUCUGUUUUCAGAUGUGAAAAUUCUUUGCAUGUUCAUAUAAUUUCGUUUUCAUAAUUAUUGCAUGCAAUCUCAAAUGCUUAAUUUUCUUGCAGAAGUAACAAGACUUUCUCUCUCAACUUUCCCAGAAAAAAUAUGAGUGAAAGAAACUGAAGUUUCACCAAGUUUUAAGAAAGUAUAAUCAUGCCCUUCAUAGGGUAUUCGAAGGCGGACAAUGAUCCGAAAAAGCAGGGCAUGUACAACUAUGCUUGGAAGUCUAACUCUGGAUUGACCAAAUCAAACAUUUUAAACCAAAACUUGGUUGCUUCAAGACCGAAAAAGCGCAAAAGUUCAAUUUUUCUACAGUCACCAUGGCACAAAGUAUAUCUGCAAGGUUCAGAAUUAUGUCACAGCAUCAGUAUUUCAGAAAAAGAGUGGAGCCUUGCGACAAAUAUGCUAUGUGAGAAGGUCGGUCCAAAUGAGGCGAAAUCUCCUUCAGAGAGGAGGCUUGUUUUAUCCACACAUCUUAUGCAACAGCUUCUCCAACCAGCACCAGCGUUUGUUUUCUUGGGCGAAAACGCAGCUCUCAACUACGAAAUCGUGCUUUACUUUAUGUCAAGAUUGACCCUCGCUGAUUCAUGUUCUCUCAAAUGUCGAUCGGAUUUGGAGAAGAGCAGAAAACAUGUUUUGUCCAGUCGUCAAACUUCGAAGACAGCUAGUGAUCAACAGUUUUCUUCACUCGUUAAUGCUUCCAUGGAGAAAAUUCAUAAGCUUGAAAGUGACUUCCAGAGCUUGGAGAGGACUACUACAUCGAUAUUAGACAUCAUCUUCGAAAUCCAAGACCUCGAAAGAUUCUCCGUGAUAAACCAUCUCGGCAAGUUUCAUAACCGCGCAAAGACCAUUACAAGACCUAAUCCGCAGAGAUACGUUGUUGGAAUACAAAUGCCAACGAACCUGCCCGAGCCACUACAUUGUCUUCCUCUGUGAUCAUCAGAUUUUUGGUGGAAGAAAAUAUAGUUUUAAUUUGAUGUGUAUAUCCAUCAGAGAUUCUUAAGGGAAUCAGAAAAAUAAGCUUUAGUAUAUAGUUUUGACUGCAUAAAUCUAUGUCACAUAUAUAUAUAUAUGUACAAUGUACUUUUUUUU